AUGGCAGACGAUGUGAGUUUUCUUUGUUUCUGGAUUUUUGGUCCCCCAAAUUCACAUGGAAACUACCUUUUUUGGAAUCAAAACCGGCAUGGCCUAGAAAACCAAAAACAUAUAUAUUGGUUUUCUAGUCCCUCAAAUUCCUCUUCCACUUUUUGUUUUUUCUAGUCACAAAUAAUCGAAAAAUUGGACACGUUGGCUGGCGAUUAUGAAAUCGAGAGUAUUGAAAACGUGUUGAAACACGUCGAAAAUUUGAAUUUGGAAGAGUUGGCGCCAAAUUUGAAAGUGGCUGUUUUGCGCCGAAAAGCUGAAUGGUUGUAUGCUUUGAGUAAUCAUGAAGAAGAUAAGAAAAAACGAUAUGAAUUGUUGGAAAAUGGUGGGUUUUUUGGUCACGGGGGUUUCUAUACCAUUUCUUCAUGUUUUAAUAAUUUUCAGCGUACAAUUCUGCAUUAUCAGCUCAUUCGAUCGACGAAUCCGAUUUCAAUUCUCUCAAAGUGUUGUGUUCAACAUCAGGAAGAUUGGCCGAAGAAUCGGGAAUUCAGAAGAAAAUUCAUUUUGGUUUUCUUUUCAAAGGUUAUUUGGACAAGGCGAUCGCGUUGAAUGAUAAUGAUUUUGAGACAUUGCAUAUGAGAGGAAGAUUCUCGUAUACGGUAAGACUAGAGUGUAGGUUGGGACAGCAGAUUGAAUCUUCUUCUUUCAGGUUUCAAAUCUAUCAAUGGUCGAACGAAUCGCCGCCAAAGUUAUUGGCAAAAUUCCAGAAACCAGUUAUCAAGAAGCACUUCAAGAUCUACUGAAUGCUGAUAAAAUCACACCAGACGUGGCUGAAAAUCAACUUUUUGUUGGCAAAACAUAUUUGGCGUUAGGCGAUUUGCCAAAUGCGAAAAUUUGGUUGAAAAUGGCGGCUGAAAAUGAAAGUGAGGGAUGUGUUGAAGAAGAACUAGUUGAAGAGGCAAAAGAGAUUCUCAAGGAUAAGAAAUUCGCUAAAAUUUAA